GAUCCUAGGCACCUUGGUUCCGAGAACUUAGGACUUACUAGCUUGUCUGGGGCUCUAGUAAAUUCUUCCUUCCCAGGCUAGACACACAGGCUGAGCAAUUGGUUCCGAACCCAGGGCCAGGCGACGCUGGGUCACGUGGCCGACUGCUUACAUGACGUACGGACUGCUGAGCGUCACUGUGACGUUCAGGAGACCUGCGAAGUGGACGGGCUACCUCCGUCACCUGUGCUGUCGGGGUGCAGUCAUGGACCUGGGACCAAUGCGCAAGAGUUACCGCGGGGACCGAGAGGCAUUCGAGGAGGCUCAUCUGACCUCUCUGGAUCCCAUGAAGCAGUUUGCUUCCUGGUUCGACGAGGCUGUUCAGUGUCCGGACAUAGGAGAAGCCAAUGCUAUGUGUCUGGCUACCUGCACCAGAGACGGAAAACCCUCUGCCCGGAUGCUGCUGCUGAAGGGCUUUGGCAAAGACGGCUUCCGCUUCUUCACUAACUACGAGAGCCGGAAGGGAAAAGAGCUGGAUUCUAACCCCUUUGCCUCUCUUGUCUUCUACUGGGAGCCCCUGAACCGUCAGGUGCGCGUGGAAGGCCCUGUGAAGAAACUCCCAGAGAAGGAGGCCGAGAACUACUUCCAUUCCCGCCCCAAGAGCAGCCAGAUUGGGGCUGUGGUCAGUCGCCAGAGUUCUGUGAUCCCUGACCGGGAGUACCUGAGAAAGAAAAAUGAGGAACUGGGGCAGCUCUACCAGGACCAAGAGGUACCCAAGCCAGAAUACUGGGGUGGCUACAUCCUGUACCCCCAAGUGAUGGAGUUUUGGCAAGGCCAAACCAACCGCCUCCACGACCGUAUUGUCUUCCGCCGAGGCCUGGCAACAGGAGACUCUCCUUUGGGACCCAUGACCCACCAUGGGGAGGAAGACUGGGUGUAUGAGAGACUUGCACCUUAACCCUGGACUCAAGAAUGUUGGGGAAUCACCAGGGGGCAGAGAGUGGGGAAAAGCAGUUAUGGGAAUAAGGGAAUGGAAGCCCGAUCUACCUUCUCUGUGUGUGGCGCUGGGUUUAAACCUUGCUCAGGCUCGGCAACACUGUACCACUGAGCGAGAGUCCCAGCAUUUGUCUCUCUUUACCUUUUAUUUUAAGACUAAGUUGCUGGCCCCUGAGCUGUUUGGAGAAGUGCCUGAUUGGCUCCAGGAGCUGCCCGGGGGAGGCUCUGCUUCCCCGAGGUUAGCCCUGAACUCACUGUGUUUAUAUCCCAGGCAAGCAUUGGCCUUGAGUUCCUCUUGCCUCAAUCCCUGGAGUAGCUGAUUCCCAGCUUGUGCUACCAGGCCCAGCUCCAGUUCUUGUUUUUAAGCUAAGCCAUUUCCUUUCUUAGCCCUUCUACCUAUGUCUCUCCGGGACUCACCCUCCAAGUUCUCUGAACUCCGAUUCAGUUAGUGGCUGGUAAAGAAUCACAAAUAGCCAAGGAGCUCCUAAGUGUUUCCUUGACUUUGCUCCUGGGUUUGGGGGAAGCCUGGCUUGGGAGCUGUUUCCAGGAAUAGAUUAAUCAGGCUGCAGAUAGACAAAAGGCUUCCCAGCCAUGGGAAGGAGCCAGCCCAGGCCAUGUUUGCUGUGACUCAGACAAACCAUUAUAUGUUCUGGUUGGCCUUGAACUUUUUACCCUGGACACACUUGCCUUCUUUUGACUUUGUGGCUGUGUGCUUCAGCCUCUGUCACUAACAAAGGCUCCUCCCAAGGCAACCUUGUCCUGUGUUGAUUCCCCCACUUAAGCCUGGGUCCAGGAAGGACAUUGACCUUGUGGCCAUCGGUCAGGUACCUUUACCUACCUCACCCCUUUUGCUGGUGUGCCAUGGACUGUGACUUUAUUAGUAUAAGCCGAUGAGUUGUUGAGAAGUGUUAUACCCCACGGCUGUUAGGGGGUUGUGUGUGCUCCCUCCCCCGGGCUUUAGUGUAAUCUCAACUGUCAGUUCCAGUGCACAAGGGUGUAAUAAAAACUUGUCAGCCGUGUGUGAUAUUAA